AUGGGAUAUUUAGCAAGCAAAGAAGUAAUUGACAAAGAAUGCCAAGACACAGCCAACGUAAUAUUAUUCUUCAACCUGUUCGACUCUUUAAAUGGCAGUUACCUACGAGGGUGGAUUGAAAACGUCGGCGGGGUAGCGGUGGCGGAGCCCUACGUAGUAGUGUGGGACGUGCGUUGUCUCCGCGGCAGGUCUAAUGCAGAAGGUGCUUAG